AUGAACAAAUUAAAAUUAAAUACUUGGAAAAAUAUUGAAAAAGAAUUCAAUUUCCAGUUAGGGGAGACUUACAGAGAUUCUUUAUGCCUAAGGAAGAAAUAUGAGAAUUUAAAGAAAAAGACAAAAAAAAAGGCAUCUAGGGAAAAAUGUCAUGCUUUGGAAACUGGUGGAGGGCCACUAAAAAAGGGUCUUGAGUUGACAGAUGUAGAUGUGGAAUUGAGGGAAAUUUUGGGAUGUAGAAUAGAUGGUUUAACAACAGAAUAUGGUGGAGAUUCAGUUAUCGUUUUUGAAGAAACUAAAGCCUAUGAAAUUUUAAAUAAAGUUUUAAAUGACGAGCAAAGCAUUGAAUUACCAUCGCCACCAAAUGAAGAAUUACCAUCGCCACAAAAUGAACCCCUUCCACCUACUUCGAAGGCAGAUGAAACUAUUAUAACUGCAGCUAAAAGAAAUAGAAAUGAGUAUGAGGCAUUAUGUGCCAAUGUUACACAAUGGGCUGGUAUAAAGUCUACUUUGGAAAAAGAAAAAAUUAUUUUAUUAAAAAAAGAACAUGAUGAAAAACUUAAUCUUAUGAAAGAAAAAAAUCUAGCUGAAAUAGAGAAUUUAAAAAAAGAAACCCAAGCUAAAAUUAAAAAAAUCGAAUCAGAAAUGGAGGCAACAAUUGAGGGAAUUUUGGAACAAAACAAAAUAAAAAAAGAAAUUCUCUUACUGGAGAAAGCACAGUUGGUGUCAAAAUUUAAAAAAUAA